AUGGUCUAUACGAUACCUUCAUUGAUUGAAGAUAGAAUUUCACCUCGUGCAAAAGAAUUAAUUAAAUUGGUGGAUGAUUUUGUCGAGAAUGAUUGUAUUCCAGCUGAAGAAGUUUAUUUUAAACAACUCGGUAAAGGAGAAGAAAGAUUUAAAUAUAUCCCGCCUAUAAUCGAGGAGCUUAAGAAGAAAGCUAGAUCAUUAGGACUUUGGAAUUUGUUUCUUUCAAAACAUUAUUCUGAAGGUGCUGGAUUAACUAACCUUGAAUAUGCACUUAUGGCCGAGAUUAUGGGCAAAUCAAUUCGUAUUGCUCCUGAAGCUACAAAUUGUUCUGCUCCUGACACCGGAAAUAUGGAAGUUUUCGCUAAAUACGGAUCUCCUGAACAAAAAGAAAAAUGGUUGAAACCCUUAUUAAAUGGUGAAAUUCGUUCUGCAUUCGCCAUGACAGAAAAGGCUGUUGCAUCAUCUGAUGCUACAAAUAUUGAAGCAUCAAUUAAACGUGUUGGUAAUCAAUAUGUGAUUAAUGGUCAUAAAUGGUGGAUUUCUGGUGCUGGGGAUCCACGAUGUGCUUUAUUCUUAGUGAUGGGCAAGACUAAUGAAAGUGCGCAUAAGCAUAAACAACAUAGUUUAAUUAUUGUUCCAAGAAACACACCCGGAAUUACGAUUGUUAGGGCGCUUACUGUUUUUGGUUAUGAUGAUGCACCAGAAGGACAUUGUGAAAUCAUUUUUAAAGAUGUUAAAGUGCCAGUUCAAAAUAUUAUUUUGGGUGAAGGAAGAGGAUUCGAAAUUAUUCAAGGACGAUUGGGACCUGAUUUGAUGCUUAUGCGUGUUACUGAUCCUUCUCGCCGUACUUUUGGAAAAUUCUUGUCCGAACAUGAAACUAUAAUUGCUGACAUUGCACAAUCACGAAUGUUAAUCGAUCAAGCUAGGCUACUCGUUCUAAAUGCCGCAGACAUGAUCGAUAAAGUGGGUGCCAAAAGUGCCUUGAAAGAGAUUGGUAUGGCAAAGGUUAUAGUACCGAACAUGUUACUUAAAGUUAUUGACCGAUCAAUCCAGUCUUAUGGAGCUGGUGGCUUGUGUGAUGAUUUUCCACUUGCCUACAUUUAUUCUAUUGGACGUACUUUAAAAUUUGCCGAUGGGCCUGAUGAAGUACACAUACAACAAAUUGGUAAAUUGGAAUUGAAAAGAGCACGAAAAGUUAAGGAAGAAUAUGAAAAAAGACCAAAGAUAAAUGCAAAGUUAUAA